GAAAGCGAUGACGCAAACAAGGCAGGAAGAGUCCUUUCAGUCUAGCGCGCGAACAGUUGAAAAUUUUUAUCCCUUUUCCGAGGAUCAGGCGGGAGAUGGUUUUUUACGCCUAACUUCGCUGGAACGACAAAAAAAAUUCCUCUGGCUUUUACGUUAUCUUUUCUUUUGAGUUGUAACCUAUUUGUCUUUGCUGGAUUUGUGUUUUUGCUUUUUUUUUUUGAUGAGUUUUUGAUGAGCUCCAGUGGACAAAAGAUGAGCCUGCUUGUGUCUGAGCGGGUGGAGCCGACUGACACAAGUGUUUUCUGUCCACAGCCUGUUGAUCUCCCUGCUGAGGUCCCCAAGGCAGAGAGUGAUUCAGACAGCGGAGUGGGUUCACCCAUGGAGGAGGCUGGGACUGACACCACAACUGCUGCCGUUCACGCUGAAGAAGCUCAAGAUUCAGACGAUGACAUUGUCGUGAGCCGGAAGCCACGUUCCCGGAAGGUUCUCCAGGACAGCGACAGCGAGAAGGAGGAAGACGUGGAUGGAAUGGCUGAGGCUCUUGUGCUGUCCGAAUCCAGCGGUGAAGGGACGAAUGCCAGUGAAGGCGAGCGAACAAAAAAGAGCCGGGAAAAGAAGAUAUCCCGCAUUGCCAUGGCCAGUGACGAGAGUGAGCCAGAGGAAGAUGAGCUUCGAGGAAAAUCUGUGGAAGAGACCAAAAAGAGGGGGAAGUCACAGCGACGCAAAGAGAAGGAAAAGCGCAGAGGUGCUCUGGUGAAACAACUGAAGGAGAAGACGAGGACUCCUGAAGAGUCCCCUUUGCCCAAGGCUCUUAAUGACAGUGGUUGUCUGCUGGGUGAUAAUGACCUGUUUGAUGCUCAGCUGGAGGAAGACGAGACAGAGGGAGUGAUGGAGGAAGAGGAAUCCCUGGACGCCAUUAGAGCUGCUGUGAAAAAGAAAGCCAAGAACAAGUCCCAUUUACAUGACUCUGAAGAGGAUGAACAGCAGGAAGGCAAAUCCCCACGCAAGGAGAGGAAAGCAGCGAGGGCGAGUAAGGAGGCAAUGAAACAGCUCCACAGUGACAGCCAGAGGCUUGUUAGAGAAUCUACAGUAGGGCUACCAUACCAUAUGCCAGAGCCCAAAGGCAUAGACCAAUUCUUCAAGAGAAGAGUUCGUCCUGAUGGACCUGCUAUGGCAUUACUGAAAUCUGCCAAAUAUCAGGCCUGUAUUGUAGAAGCAUCUUCAGGAUCCUCUACUACACAAAAUCAGUCUGAAGCACCAGAACAGAACUCUAACCCACAGGCUGAUCUGAAUGAACCCGAUCCAGUCAGCUGUACUCAACAGGACGGUGCUACAAAUGAACACGAUGCACAAGCUGCUAUUGAAACCACUGAGGACCAGUCAGGGGUUGCAAGUGUUGAGCUCCAGAUGCCUCCAGAGGUCAUGGAGGAAGAGAGUGCUCUUCCUUCUGUGGACAUGUCUGGGAGUGCUGAAACUCCUAAAGAGAAUCAUGAGAUGUCACAGGCUCAGCAGACAAAGUCAGGGCAGUCAGAACAGUGUGACUCGUCACUGACUGAGCAAGAAACAGUAGUGCCCAAACCCAAGAAGGAUAAGCUGGCCAGAUUGCGUGAGCUGGGUUUGGAGCCUCCCCCUGUAGCAAAGCUGUGUGCAGAUGAUGGAGCUUUUGUCCAGCUGGAGCCGCAGCAGUCUAACCCUGGUCUAGAGGCUCUAAAAGAACGCUUUCUGAGGCACGUCCAGCCUGCGCCACGGUCUAAAGGAGAGCGAUCGCUUCAUGUAAAUGUAGUGAGAAAGGAGAGCACUGCCUCUGGACAGGAGGAGCUGCAUGCUGAAUCCAUCACUGUCACAGUCAAUGAGGAGGAAGAGGAACCUACACAUGCUAAGCCAGGAGAGAAGCUGGUUUUACUGAAGUCUCGUCUGCAGCAGGCUAUGGCUAUCCGCCGGAAGGAAGAAAGAGAUCGUCGAGCUGCCCUUCAUCGCCUGGACAAUGAAGACUGUGAGGAAGAGGAGGAGGAGGAGGAAGAGGAGAUGACGGAGUCUGAGGAGGAAGAGGGAGUUGAAGAUUUGUUGGGUGAUGGUGAAGAUGGAGAGGAAGCUGAACAUGAGGAAGAAGAGGCAGAGGAAGCCGAAAGAGGUGAUACAUCCAAACGAAGUGCUUCUCCUGGUUUUAAAAGUCCGUCUCCCACCCCCUACGCUGACGGCACUCUGAUGCUGUUUGCAGGCAGCUCGUGCUCCAGAACAGGGGACGGUGUUAGGCAGUCUGGGCAAGCCAAUCAUGAAAAUGACAGCAAAAUGGAAGAUGAGGAUGGCCUUUCCUUGACCAAGGACAACAGCCAUAACAGCAGCUUUGAACUGACGAGCUCCACACUCCCAUCAUAUCAGCCAGUGAGCCGCGCCGCAGGCAAAGGUCUUUCAGCAGCCGUGUUCCGCUCGCCCUCGCCCUGCUUCUUCAGACCCAAUUUCCUCGGCUCAGCCUCCAAGAGCUCUGGUAAGCUGUCUGAGCCAUCCCUCACCCUCCCUGUGGAGGACUCGCAGGACCUGUAUGGUGUUCCCUCUCCUGAAGGUGGGGACUCUCAGGGCCCCUUCUCGCAGGAGGAGGACACACAGUCACAGCUGUUGGAUGCAGACGGCUUCUUGAACGUGGGGCCCCGCGGCUGCCAGAGCCGCUCUCACAAACGCCAGCUGCUUUUAGAUAACCUGGAUGAAAACGCCAUGGACGCCAACAUGGGUGAAUUGCUGGGACUCUGCUCGGGUGGCUUUGGCUCAGCGGAACAGAGUCAACCAGGAGGUGAGGACGAGCUGCUGGGCCUGUGCUCUGGAGCGUUCUCCACCCAGCCUGGAGAAACCGGCAGACCCAAAGAGGAAUCUGGAGCCUUGGAGACGGAACGCACAGUGGGGGAGAGUCACGGGAGCUCGGACGCAGACAUGGACCAGCUUCUUUCUCUCUGCUCGGGAAAGUUCACAGGCAGUCCUGCUGCUUCUCCAGUGCGACCAGGAGCAAGCCCCGUUCUUGAAGAUGAAUCUGACAGUAAGAGCAAGGUGGAGCAGGAGGAGGAGGAGGAAGGGGAAGAAGAGGAAGCCAAUUGUGAGUUUCGGCUCUUGUCAGAUGUAGACAGCAACAGUGAGAAGGAGGAGGUUGAGGAAGACUCGGAUGUUGAUGGAGAGAUAGGUGAUGAGGUAGAAGAUGAAGAGAGGGAGGCAGUAUUCAGGCGACAUCCAGGCAAAAAGAUACGCCUGACUGACUUUGUGGACUCUGAGGCCGAGCUGUCGGGCAGUGAUGUCGGCAGUGAGGAUGAAGAUGAAGAGGGAGGUGAUGAAUACGAAGAAGAGGAGCUACAGGAGCAGCUCCCAUCGGACGAGGAACUGAUGGACCAAGUCAACAAAAUCCAUAUGAAGCAUGUCCUAGAUGACGAUAAGCGCAGAUUGCGCUUGUGUCAGGAGCGUUACCUAGCUGAUGGAGAUCUGCACUCAGACGGACCUGGUCGAGAGCGCCGCUUCCGCUGGAAGAAUAUUGAUGAUGGCUUUGAGCUCGGGGUUGGUGCUGAGGGGGUAGAGGAGGAGGAGGAGGAAGAUGUGGAUCAGCAUGAGCUGCAGAGGCACAAGGAAAGGCUCGAGAGAGAGCAGUGGAUGCGAGAACAGUCUGAAACAUCGAAGAGAGGAGAAGAAGUGGAAGAGGAGGACAAGAUCGGAGAGGAGGACAGUCAGUUUAUGAAGCUGGCUAAGAAACUAACCGCUAAGGCACUCCAGAAGAAAGAGACUUCUUCAGCACUCCUGCAAGAGAAGCCAGUCUCUAACGCCAGCCUUUUUCAGAAGCCCUGUAAGCCUUUGGUGAAGAGAGGAUCUUUGCUCAGUCAGCCACGGGCACUGCUGCAGAAACUCGCCAACAUUUCAGACGGCAACCCUCUAGCGCCGCGUAACUCUCGAGGAUUCCUCUUCCAGACUUUGUCUCCAGAAAAGGAGCCACCUACAUCUACCAGCCCAAAGAAACAGUUUAAGAAAAGAGCUCAGACAGACCCUUUGGCGCCUGUUGCAAAGCGACCAUGUCGAGAAAACUCAGUCAAAUCCGUUGGACCUCCAAGAAGUAUUUUCAGUUAUUUUGAGAACUGAAGCUGUUUCAAAGCGUUGUGAUGUCUCAGGCCUCCAGCGAGCCAAUUUCUUAGCUUUGGCUAAAUGUCUUGCUGACUCAGUUCUCUUAAAUUUGGCAACUUACUUGAUAUGGUGUGGGAUUUGUGAUCCAACUUGUGCAUUUAGUUGUUUUAAAUGUUUUAUCAUGUAAAUAUUGUGAUUUGUAAUUCUGUAUUUUUUAUUUGUAAAAUUAUAUAUUAAAAGUUUAUUUUAAAUGUG